CCAGGUUCAGUUUCCCUUAGUCACGAUGUCUGUGGUGAGAUUUCAGUCAGGUGGAUGUCUUCUCUUUUACACUCUUGUCAUUCUCACUCUCGCUUACAUGGUGGGUCAAAGUUUGGCCUUGAGCAGUCAUCUACGUCAUCGCCGUAACAUCGUCCAGAUGUGCGACAUGAUGCAGCGGUACACGAACCGGGGCUGUGCCGAGUAUGACAGAUACGGCUGUUUCUGUGGGUACGGCGGGGCGGGAAUCAGACCCGUAGACGGCGUGGACCGAUGCUGUAAGGCUCAUGAUGACUGCUAUGGGCGGGUUUCCUGUUAUGUCUUCAGCGCACAUUUUGUUACCUACGAUUAUGAUUGUACGACCAACAAUACAUGUCAAUGCUUAGACAGGAACGCAUGUUCUCGAUCCACGUGUAUGUGUGACCUGAAAUUUGCGGAAUGCCUUCAGACAAUGGAAUACAAACAACCCUACAGGAAUUAUGAUAGGAGGUUGUGCAAUGUCUGGGAUGACUGAUGUCAACAAGAGGUCAAUAUCGUGAAAUGGGCGUCAGUCAGUCAAGGAACUGUUCCGUGGAGGUUCUUUGCCUACAUCUGUAAGCUGGUGACGUGAGCCUGUUGUGUGCAGAUCAGACCCAUGCGUGCUUGUUUUGUAUAUGGCACCCAUACGAACAUGAUGUGUAGAUGACACCGACACGAACCUGUUGUGUAGAUGACAUCCAGACGAGCCUGUUGUGUAGAUGACACGGACACGAACCUGUUGUGUAGAUGACACCCAUACGAGCCUGUUGGGUAGAUGACACCAACACGAAACAGUUCUGUAGAUGACACUCAUACGAACCAGAUGUCUAGAUCACACCCAUACUAACCUGUUGUGUACAUGAAACCCAUAGGAAACUGUUGUGUAGGCGACAACCAUACGAACAUAUUGUGUGGGUGAAACCCAUACGAAGCUGUUCUUAAGAUGACACACAUACGAACAUGUUGUGUAGGUGACACCCAUACGAACCUGUUGUGUAGAUGACACCAAUACGAACCUGUUGUGUAGAUAACACUCAUACUAUCCCGCUGUGUAAAUGAUAUCCAUACAAACCUGUUGUGUAGAUGACACCUAUACGAACCUGUUGUGUUGAAUACACACACACACGAACCUGUUGUGUAGAUGACACCCGUACGAACCAGAUGUUUAGAUGACAACCAUACGAACCUGUUGUAUAGAUGACACACAUGCGAGCCUGUUGUGUAGAUGACACCCAUACGAACCUGUUGUAUAGAUGACACCCAUACGAGACUGUUGUGUAGAUGACACUCAUAUUAUCCUAUUGAGCAGAUGACACUCAUAUUAUCCUAUUGAGCAGAUGAUAUCCAUACAAACCUUUUGUGUAGAUGACACACAAACGAACCUGUUGUGUAGAUGGCACUCAUACUGUCCUGUUGUGCAGAUGAUAUCCAUACAAACCUGUUGUAUAGAUGACAACCAUACGAGCUUGUUGUGUAGAUGACACUCAUAUUAUCCUACUGAGCAGAUGACACUCAUAUUAUCCUAUUGAGCAGAUGAUAUCCAUACAAACCUUUUGUGUAGAUGACACACAAACGAACCUGUUGUGUAGAUGGCACUCAUACUGUCCUGUUGUGCAGAUGAUAUCCAUACAAACCUGUUGUGUAGAUGACAACCAUACGAACCUGUUGUGUAGAUGACACACAACAAAACCUGUUGUGUAGAUAACCUGUUGUGUAGAUCACAUUCGUUCCAACAUGCUGUUAGAAUUAGCUAAUGUCAUAUAGAAGGCAUUUUAAA